AUGCCAUCCAAAGAGCCCUACGAGGCUCACAAGGAAGAAACGUCCCUGGUUCAAAGGGCUAAACGAGAGGCCAACCAGGAGGAGAUUUUGGCAGCCGCCCUGGGGAUGAGGAUGGGGCCCGAAAAACCUUCCGCCACAUUCUGGCAGCCACUUAAACUCUUUGCCUAUUCGCAGCUCACCUCUCUGGUCCGUAGAGCCUCGCUGAAGGAAACCGAGCGGCCAAUAUCCGAGAAAGACCAUAACUUCAAGGUCCAUACCUUCCGAGGGCCUCGCUGGUGUGACCACUGUGCCAGUUUCAUGUGGGGGCUGAUGGCUCAGGGGGUCAAAUGUGCAGACUGCGGCGUGAACGUCCACAAACAAUGUUCACCUCUGGUUCCCGACAACUGCAAACCGAGUCUGAGACACAUCCGGAAAGUGUAUAGCUGCGACCUCACCACCUUGGUCAAUGCCCACAACACGGCGCGGCCCAUGGUUGUGGACAUGUGCAUACGAGAGAUUGAGUCAAGAGGACUGAAAUCCGAAGGCCUCUACAGAAUAUCAGGAUUCAGUGACUCUGUGGAGGAAGUGAAGAUGGCGUUUGACAAAGCUGGCGAGAAGACAGACAUCUCAGUGAAAGCAUACGAAGACAUCAACAUCAUCACGGGCGCUCUGAAGCUCUACCUCAGGGAUUUGCCCGUCCCGGUCAUCUCAUACAACGCGUACCCCAGGUUCAUCGAGGCCGCAAAGCUGACAGACCCGGACAAGAAGCUUGAAGCUUUCCGAGAGGCGCUUGCUAUGCUGCCCUUGUCACACAAUGAAACACUCAAGUAUCUCAUGGCGCACUUGAAAAGGGUGACCCAAAACGAGAAGUACAACCUGAUGAACGCUGAGAACCUGGCCAUUGUUUUCGGGCCCACCCUCAUGCGUACUCCAGAUCUUGACGCCAUGACUGCGCUCAAUGACAUUCGCUACCAGAGGCAGGUGGUGGAGGUGCUCAUUAAAAAUGUAGACGCGCUCUUCUGA